CCCUGCCGCGUCGGCAGCUGGAGGGAAGGCUAGGCGGCGGCGGCUGCAGCAUUUGGGCUGGCGUGACUGCGGUCGGCACUGGGCUGGGCAGAUGGCAGCGGCGGCAGUGGCGGCGGGGACUGGAGCCCCGGCGGGCACCGAGUCGGCCGAGGGUGCCCCAGGGUCAGCGGCGGCGUUGGAAUUGUGGCUCAACAAAGCCACAGAUCCUAGCUCGGUGGAGCAGGAUUGGUCAGCCAUCCAGAAUUUCUGUGAGCAGGUGAACACCGACCCCAACGGCCCAACACAUGCACCCUGGCUACUGGCCCACAAGAUCCAGUCUCCACAAGAGAAGGAAGCCCUUUACGCCCUGACGGUUCUGGAGAUAUGCAUGAACCACUGUGGGGAGAAGUUCCACAGUGAGGUGGCCAAGUUCCGCUUCUUGAACGAGCUGAUCAAAGUGUUGUCCCCAAAGUACCUAGGGGCCUGGGCCACGGAGAAGGUUAAAGGAAGAGUUAUCGAAAUCCUCUUUAGCUGGACGGUCUGGUUUCCAGAGGACAUCAAGAUCCGAGAUGCCUAUCAGAUGCUGAAGAAGCAAGGUAUAAUAAAGCAAGAUCCUAAACUACCGAUGGACAAAAUCUUACCCCCACCCUCUCCCUGGCCAAAGAGCUCCAUCUUUGAUGCUGAUGAGGAAAAGUCAAAGCUUUUGACAAGACUUCUCAAGAGCAAUCAUCCUGAGGAUCUUCAGGCUGCGAACCGACUGAUCAAGAAUUUGGUCAAGGAGGAGCAAGAAAAGUCUGAGAAGGUUUCCAAGCGAGUCAGUGCAGUGGAGGAGGUACGGAGCCACGUGAAGGUGCUGCGGGAGAUGCUGAGCAUGUACCGCAGGCCAGGCCAGGCCCUGCCUGACCAGGAGGCCCUGCAGGUUGUGUAUGAAAGAUGUGAAAAGCUGCGGCCGACCCUGUUCCGGCUAGCAAGUGACACCACCGAUGAUGACGACGCACUAGCGGAGAUUCUUCAAGCAAAUGACCUUCUCACCCAGGGGGUUCUGCUGUACAAGCAGGUGGUGGAGGGACGAGUCAACGUGGGGAGUGCAGUGACCGGUCCAGUGGGAGAAGUGACUGUCUCCAGAGUUUUUCCUAAUCCAGUGGCCUGUGGGAAGAAUUGUCCGCUCAUAGACCUGGAGGGACCAUCUUUGCUUCAUCAGGAUCUGGCAGCCCUAGGGAUCAGCGAUAUACCCACUAGGACCAAGGUUGUCAUUCCAAGUUGCUGUAAAGACAAGAAGCAGCCUGCUGCCAUCACACUCCUCGGGGGUGCAGUUGAGAGUCUCUCUGCUGACAGGAACUUGCUGGAUCUCCUUUCGCCACAGCCGUCUCCGGGACCACUGAAUUACGUUCCACAAAAAAGCAUCCCCAAGGAAGUGCCACCAGGUACCAAGGCCUCUCCAGGCUGGUCCUGGGAGGCUGGACCACUGGCUUCUUCCCCAGCCUCACAGAAUACACCUCUGGCUCAAGUGUUUGUUCCUUUGGAGUCUGUGAAACCCAGCAGCCUGCCGCCCAUCAUCGUGUAUGACCGGAACGGCUUCAGAAUCCUGCUGCACUUCACUCAGACUGGCGUCCCUGGCCACCCAGAUGUGCAGGUGUUGCUGUUGACCAUGAUGAGCACUGCCACCCAGCCUGUCUGGGACAUCAUGUUUCAGGUGGCUGUCCCAAAGUCAAUGCGAGUGAAGCUGCAGCCGGCAUCCAGUUCCAAGCUUCCUGCAUUCAGUCCUUUGAUGCCUCCAGCUGUGAUAUCUCAGAUACUGCUGCUUGAUAACCCACACAAAGAACCCAUUCGAUUGCGGUAUAAGCUGACUUUCAACCAGGGUGGACAGCCAUUCAGCGAAGUAGGAGAAGUGAAAGACUUUCCAGACCUGUCUGUCUUGAGGACUGCCUAACUUCUCAACCGAGACUCUUCAGUCACGCCUAGGCCAGCGUUCCUUUCACUGUCUGGUCGAGACUCAUUGUGAUAUAUUGCAGAGUGCCAAGAGUUCUCUCCUGAUGUCAGACCUUGAUUGCCAAUAUCUGUCUGUAGAUCGUGUGUGUGUGUGUGUGUGUGUGUGUGUGUGUGUGUGUGUGUGUGUGUGUGUGUGUGUGUGUGUGUGCGUGCGCGCGCGCACGUGCGUUACUGGGGUGCUGGGGGAGGAGGGAGAGCUGGGCUUGGGAUUUGGGCAGUGUGGGGGAUGCUGUCAGCUUCUGAGAUCAUCUCUGCUGCACUCAUUUCUGCUUCUGCAUGUUGGUUGGCACUGUUGUCCUUGCCUCGGGUUGGAGUUAUAUAUAAGCCAAAGUUUUUUCCAUGUAUUGUUAUUUUUUCAUUCAUCCACUCUGUGCCUUGUCAGCCUUUGAAAGUCUUAGUUGCUCCCAGGCUGCUAUUCUCAGGGACCUUAGAAAGGGACCUGGUUGGUCUUGUGACAGAGUGUGUCUUCUGUGGCACUCUUCCAAGAAUGGCCUUGUCUUCUUCAUUUUCAUUAGGGAAUGCUGCUUGCAGAUGUUCAGUAAAACCUAAAUGGAAUGCUAAUUGCACUGGUUCCAGGCAAGGGGCUGCCAUGAGACCAGGAGACCACACUUGGUGGGCCCAUCAUGUCCUCCACUACAGUGCCUUAGAUUCUCCCGUAGAUGAACUCUCUGAGGCCUUUCUCAGGCCUCGGGUUCUGUGUGUUGGGCAGCCUGUCUGGGCCCUUACUCAGGACCCACAACGUCAUCCUCAUUUUUUCUGUUCACAAACAUCUCAAAGCUCUUUCAUUGUGACCUCGUGUUCCGUGUUGUAAAUCACAGCUAGCUGGCUAGUCCCAUGACCCUCACAAUCCAACGUGGCGAACUGGGAUGCAGGUAGAGAGCCAUGUGAUGACUAAGUACAGAACAUUGUUGAAUAAAUACUGUGUACACA